CUUGGACUCUCGUUAUAAUAUGCGAAACCUGGAUGCACUAAACCUCUUACUGCGUGCCUUCGUAUGCGUAUAUAGCGAAGCAUCUGCGAGACUGCGACAGAUCUAGGGGAAGAUAUACAUAUAUACUGUUAGGAUGGGUAGCAGAGGGGGCAGUAAGAAUGGCGGCGGCGGCGGCGGAGUGGCAACGAUUCCUUCAGGAUCGCGGAAGAUGGUGGAUAGUUUGAAGGAGAUAGUGAAGAACUAUCCAGAGUCUGAGAUCUACGCCGCUCUUAAAGAGUGUAAUAUGGACCCUAACGAAGCCGUCAGCAGGCUUCUCUCUCAAGAUCCUUUUCAUGAGGUGAAGAGCAAACGAGAUAAAAGAAAAGAGAAUAAGGAUUUCACUGAAUCUAGGCCACGUGGUGCCGGUAAUUAUGGCCGUGGGGGUAAAGGAAGUGCAGAUCGCUUUUCUGGGCGUGGGGGAUCAGACUCAACAUCACAUGACAAAUCGACCUCUGCGUACAAGGAGAACGGAUUCACUACAAUUAAAUCAUCUAGAAUAGCGGGGGGUGUUUCAAGUAGGCGUCUGCCUUCUAUCAAUGAUGCUGUUGAUACUGAGAGCAAAAAACCAGUUGAUAUGGCAGCUGAUGAUGUUCCAGCAGCUCCACAACAUUCAUCUGGAAACCAGUCUGCUUGGGCAAGUGUCCCAGGGCAAAUGUCAAUGGCUGAUAUUGUUAAGAUGGGUAGGCCGCAAAAUAAGGCUCCACAUGUUCCAAGUAGUGAAUCAUGGCAUCCGGUCAGUGCCAGUCACAACUUUGCUCCGAGGCCUUCAUCUGGAACUCAACAUGAUGACUGGCCUCUAAUUGAGCAGCCGUCAGCUGCUGCUAGAAGUUCUUCUAUUUCAGAUCCUCUCACUACACAGCUGCAUCCAGAUUCGUCUAAUACGGACUUGAAUAAAAGUAACCAACAACAUUCACAGUUAGAUGAGGUUCCAGAAGCAGUAGAAAGUGGCAUCAAUGGUGACAGUCCCGUGGUGCCCGGGUUUCUUCAGAAUAGGAAUUUGCUGGAGGAUACUUCUGGAGGUGCAGACAGUGACCAUGGUAGAUACCAGCCUCCACUUUAUCAUGGUGUUCAUGGACACAAAAUUGAGGAUGCUGAUACCUCAGUAUCAUUAGCUACUGCCAACAUGCAUCAACUCACUAUAGAGGAGGAGGUAGAGGAGGAGGACGAGGACGAGGACGAGGAGGAGCAAAGUGUGUCACCUGAAAGGGACGGACCUUCUGUAGUCAUUCCACAGCACCUACAAGUUCAUGCUGCAGACUGCUUGCACCUUAACUUUGGCAGCUUUGGACCUGCAAUUAGUUCUACAAUUCCUGCGGAUUUAACAUCUGCUCCUAAUGCAGAGACACAUGUGGAAGACACGUCUAUAGAUUCAGAUGCUCCACCAGUUGGGCACUUGACCAAUGGAAGUUCUGAAUACUAUGGUGACGAGGAUCUGAGGAAUGCACCAGAUGAUAUUUUAUUCCAUAGGAAUGAAGCUGUUUCUGGGAAUUAUGAGUCACCUUCUGAUUCACAACCGGAUACACUGAAAGUGGAACAUUCUGAAGUAGCAGCACAUGAUAAUCAGUACAGCUUUCCAUCAAAUACGCCUGCUGGGAUACACUGGUCCCUUACCAAGCAAUUUGUUGUCAUCAAAUGUUCAAGCUGGUAGAGAGUCUGAACAUUCUUACUUGCCAUUUUCUUCACAAGCAAUGCCCCCAAAGUAUGGAAACUCAGUUUCUGGGGUUGGUUGCCCUACAAUUUCCAUGCCAGAGGCUUUGAAAACUGUUGCUUUUCCGUCAACACAUCCCUCACAACAGACCCUUAAUGGGACCAAUAUUGCCACGGGCCCUGCACUUCAUCAACACCUUGCUUUGCAUCCAUAUUCUCAAACAACUCUUCCUGUGGGACCUUAUGCAAACAUAAUCAGUUACCCUUUUCUGCCACAGAGUUACACGUACAUGCCUCCUGGUUUCCAACAACAAUCCUUUGCUGCUGGUAAUAGUACUUACCAACAAUCUCUGGCAGCGAUGCUCCCACAGUACAAGAAUAGUGUGUCGGUUAGUAGUUUGCCUCCCUCUGCUGGUAGCGUUGCUUCUGGAUAUGGUGGUGCCUUCGGGAAUACUGGUGGCACGAUUCAUGGAAGCUUCCCGUUGAAUCCUUCUACUGCUACUAGUACCUCUUUGGGUAUUGAUGAUGGGCUAAGUUCUCGGUACAAGGACAUCAAUCAGUUAAUGUCUCUUCAACAGGGUGACAAUGCAGGUAUGUGGCUCCAUGGACAUGGUUCAAGAACAAUGUCUGCACCUCCAGCCAAUCCAUACUACACCCUUCAGGGGCACAAUCAGCAAGCCAGUGGGUUCCGGCACGUUCCACAGCAGUCAUCUCAGAAUCACGCGUUGGGAUACCACCCAAACUUCUACCAUUCUCAAGCUGGAAUCUCGUUGGAUCAUCUUCACCACCAGCAGCAGCAGCAGAACCCUAGAGACGGUUCUUUGGCAGGAGCUCAAGUUCAGCCGAAGCCAUCCUCCCAGCAACAGCUUUGGCAAAACUACUAAUCUUUUAAUUUCGCUCUCCUCCCUUCUAGUGCCUCAGAUUUUUCAGGGUCUUGUAAUGAUAAUGAAAGCUGCCUUUCGAGCAAGUUUGGCUGUGCCAAAGCUUGGAUGGCUGCUACCCUGUACUUUUUGUUAUUUACUUUUUUUUUCUUCAUAUCAUAAUCAGUUAAUAUAGCUAUUAGAGACACAUUUGGCUUUAGUAGGAAUCUUUGUGCUUGAGUUUUUCAACUUCCUCCCUCACCCAGUGUAACGUCACCCCAUCCCACUUUAACUUAUCUAUAGAUAUUGUCAUAUUGAGCUGUUAUAUGAAGUUUGUCGAUGUCAAAUUUGGAUUGGCAAGUAAUUCCCGGUUUGAUUUUUCAAACGCGGAGCUAAAAUGGUUGGUACUGGCGAAGUGGCAACCUUGGAUGGUUAAGUUUGCAACUCAUGAGGAAUGUAUGUUGCUGUUGGAUGCUGACAAGUGACAACCAUGUUGUUCUGUAACUCAUGUAACUUAACCAGGCCUACUGAAGUCCAGAACCUCUCGUGAGUUGUGACUUCUGAAGUGCACUUUUGAGUGAAUAAAUGCUCAAAAGUCACCUAUACCAUUGUACAACGGAAAUUCUAGUUUCAGAUUUGAGGAUAUUUAGAUGAAUCGUCUUUUUUCUUAAGGGUGAGAUGUCCAAGGACUCAUCACUCUUGUGUGUUGCAGUGUUGUUAGUUUAUUCGCAUGUAUUUCAUUUAAACAUAUAACUCACGUAUACUAUAAUCGUUUAAGAUUUUUUUUUUUCAAAAUUUGGAAAAAAUCAUGUA